AUGAAUUACUUGAUAUUAAAUAUAAGAGGAAUUGGGGGUGUGGAGAAACCACUAUGGAUAAGCAAACUUGUGAAAGAAAACAAUAUUUCUUAUCUCUGUAUACAAGAAACUCAAGUCUCAAAUGUCGAUGCAAUAACGAUUGGUAGAUAUUGGGGUAAAGCGGACAUGGAGUGGGAUUCAGUUGAUGCAAGAGGAAGGUCUGGGGGCUUAACAUCGGUCUGGGAUCCUGGGUUGUUUGCAAAGAAAAACGUAGUAAAACACGACUCGUUCUUAUUAGUUAGCGGUAUUUUGGCUGGCACUAAUACAAAGGUUAAUAUCAUUAACGUAUAUGCUCCGUGUGAUGUUACGAGGAGAAGAGCAUUAUGGGAAGAAUUGAAGACUAUAAAGGAAUCAACAAGAGAAGGCAUUUGGAUUAUGGGGGGAGAUUUUAAUGAAGUUAGAGGGGAACAUGAAAGAAUGAACUCCAAAUUCGACCAUCAUGGUGCCAGGAUUUUCAACAAUUUUAUAGCAGAAGCUGGGCUAGUAGAAUACCAGAUGGGAGGAUACAAAUUCACACACAUGUCGGACGAUGGAUCAAAUCUCAGUAAAAUCGAUAGGAUCCUUGUGUGCGAAUCCUUCAUGAAUUGUUGGCCAACAGCUAGAUUUGAAGCAUUAACAAAACACGUAUCGGAUCAUAGCCCACUUGCGUUAUCUUGUGCUAAUAAAGAUUUUGGACCAAUCUCGUUUAGAUUUUAUAAUAGCUGGCUGGAAGAUGAAGGACUAGAAGAAAUAGUAAAGAAAGGCAUAGAAGAAGCGACAACGGGUGGUAGCAACAUGAAAGAAAUGGCAUAUAUAUUAAAAAAUCUGAAAACAGGUAUAAAAGCAUGGAGGAGGGCAGUGAAAAUACGGGAGGAAAAAGAAGUAUCGGAAGCAACAGAACAAGUAGAAAAGCUAGAAAAAAUGGCGGAGUCUAGGACGCUUUCGGGUGUAGAGAAAGAAUGCAGAGUGACAGGAAAAUGGAAAAUAAGAAACUAUGAGAGGAAGAAACUUAUGGACCUGAAACAAAAAGCAAAAUUUAGAUGGGCGAAGCUUGGCGAUGAGAAUUCUAAAUUCUUUCACACUAUUAUAAACUGCAGGAAAGCAAGGAAUAACAUUAAUGUAUUGAAGGUGAACGGUAACAUGACGUCGGAUCCGAAGGAAAUCAAGGCGGAAGUCAAAACCAAAUUUAUGUCCAGAUUUGUGGAGCCACUUAAACAUAGGCCGUCUUUGGAUGGUAGAAAUUUUAAAAAGAUCUCAAAGGAACAAGCGUCAGCUCUUACAGAACGAUUCUCUAUCGAGGAAAUAAAGAAAGCAGUAUGGAUGUGUGGAAGUGAUAGGGCUCCAGGCCAGGCCCCCUGA